UUUGGUUGGCGCCAGGGGGCGGGGCGGUUACCAUAGCAACAGAAGACGCUAACAGAAGAGGAGGAAGUGUCCAUCUGACUUGAGCUGACGGAGGAGUGAGCCACAAUGCCGAAGAAGGCGAAGGCACCGAAAAUGUCGAAGCUGUCAAGGAUGACUGAGGAGGAGAGGCUCCUGUACAUGCAGGAGAAACAGCUGGAGGAGGAUGAGCUGAAGAAGAGGAAAGAGGACAUGUUGGCUCAAUUCCUAAAGGACAAACUGUCCAAGGAGGAGCGCAACACUCACCUGAACAUGUGGAAGCUGAACGAGAAGUGGCGUGCUGUGAUGCGGAGAUCGAAAGCCUCAGAACUGCAGAAAGACAUCGCGAUCUUGAGCCAGACCUUCGAAAGAGUCGCGGAUCGGAAAAACAGCAUCAUCAGGGCUUUGAUAAAGGAUUUGGCGGAAUCGGAGGAGCAGUACGCAGCACACCUUCGCAAUCACGCACAGAACGUGGACAGGAUGAUAAACAUGCAGUGGGAGAGGCUGCAGGUUUUAGAUGACGAGUUCACAUCAGAGGUGGACACCCUGAAGAAAGAGUUCGAAUCCGAGGGGCACGAGUUUUCUGACCUACAAGAAACGGAGAUGACCAACUUGGAGGAUAUCACGUACGCGAUGGACCAGAUGUUUGGCGAGAUCGCAAACGAGGCGAGGCAAGAGUUCAACAGCACGAAAGACGACCUCAAAAACAGGAGCCUGGAGGAGAAGCACUCGCUGCGGGUACAGCUGGAGGGGGAGGUGGAGGACCUGUGGCAACAAUUCCAAUACGUCAUGAAGUUGUACAACGAGGCGACCGAGGAACAGAAAUCCGCUUUCGAGCUGCUGAAGGAGAGGGACGAGAAGAGCGCCAAAGAGAUCGAGAGGCAGAUGAAAAAGCUGCAGAGAAUCCAGGACACGAUUACCCUGCUGCGGAUCAAGUUGGCAGCCAACGCCCGGGAGUGCCAGGAAAAGAACAAGAAACUCCGAGAGGAGAAGGCCACCAUUAAGCAACACUUCCAGACGCAGAAGAACCACAUGAAGCAGCUGCAGACCAACGAGCGAGAGCGGCUCAUGAAGCUAACACUGGAGAGCAACGCUGCCCUCAAAACACUGGGAAAAAUCUGCAAACAGGGGGAACAUGUGCUGAAAGUGGCUGAGAUGUGCAGGAAGCUGGAGACUGAAGAGGAGAAAAUACUCCCGUUCUAUGCUUCGUCUCUGACGUCAGAAGACCAGGACCGAGUUCGGAACAUGAUGCUGAGGAAGACGAAGGAACCAUUUGCUAUGCUGGAUCUGGACUACAUGGGCCUCGAAUGCUUCUGGAAGCGUUACAACAAGGUACAGCUGGAGCAGAUGACUCUGAAUCAGGAGAAGCGAGUGUUGCAGCAGGAGAACGUCCACCUCCGGCAGCUCCUGAAACAAUACCUCGACGGCAUCUCGGUUAACGAAGAGAUCCUCUCGAACCUCAACUCCCUCAUCGUCAUCAACAACAAGACCAUGAAGAUGAACGUGCCUGUGAUGGAGACCAGGGUCGCCAAACCCGUGUGUAACAUGAUCGAGGCCGCACACAUCUUCAAUCACAUCCCCUAGCCUCCUCCGGUCAGCAGCCAACAGACCAUCCGAUAAGCACACAUAUCACCUCUAUUCGCGCUGUUGUCUCGUCUUGUCGACGUGGGACGUCCCCGCGUGUUUUUAAACCACCUGAAAACUCUUGAGAGUAAACCACCAAGUUAUCUGCCUGCGUGGCUGAGUGUCCGAUGGACCGUGUAAUCAAUCAAUCAGAAGGUCCAGAGGGGAAUUAUCAAUAAAU